CAGAUGAUAUGUUCAUAAUCCUUGGUCGAGGAUCCGUAGAUAUUUUGCUUAAUUUUGAUUAUUUCACUAUGCCAAAUAAAAAUAGAACUUUAACAGAAUUAUUUUCCAAUCGAAUAUCAAUGGCUUAUUACUAUUUCGAAGUAGAAAAUCUUACUAAAGAUAGCAAAUUAUUUUUCAUCAAUGAUUAUAAUGGAAUGAUAGAAUGGACAAAUUCUGUCAAAACCAUCCCAAUAGAAAAAACUAUAGGGGUCGGCCACGUAUAUCUAGAAAUUGACGUAAGAGAUUUAAUAGCACACUUAUCAAUCACCAAAUCUGCAAUAUCAGACAAUAUAACAGAUAACAAACGCAGAUAUGCCAAAAAACACGGUUAUUCUUUUGUGGCACGCUCUGAAGAGUACACUCAACAAAGAUUUAAGAAACGAAAAUAUGUCUGGGGAAAGAUUGACGUUAUUGAAAAGGUUUUACCUCACUAUGAUUGGGUUUUUUGGAUGGAUAUGGAUGCUGUCAUUGCGAAUCAUGAUAUUAAAAUCGAACAAUUGUUUGAAAAGUUCGAAAAAAUGAUUGGAAAAGAGAAAUUUAAUGAAAUUAGUUUUGUAAUUGCUAGGCCCAAAUAUGAUUCCAUGGUAAGUGCGGGUGUUUUUCUAAUUAAAAAUUCCGAAUGGAGUCGAAAGUUUUUGAGAGAAGCUCAGAAACAAAGAAAAUAUUAUAAUUAUGGAUUGCGAGAACAACUUGCAAUGGCUGUUCUGAUGCGAAGAGAGGAGUAUAAGAAUGGAGCACUUUAUCUUAAUGAAGAUGACAGUACAUUUAACACAUAUCCGGAUAGAUAUAUUCCAGGGGAUUUUGUAGUUCACUGGGCUCCGGAUUAUAAAUGUCCAGCGGAAAAUGUUUUGGACGGUAUUAAAAAGCUUAAAAAGUAUGAAGUUAAUAAAGAAUACACAUUCACUCUUACAUAUUCUCCUGUUCCUACGGA